GUUUAAUCACCGUCGACAAAUACCGCAAAAAUGGGUCGUCUUCACUCCAACGGAAAGGGAAUAUCUUCCUCUGCUCUCCCAUACUCCCGCGCUCCUCCUUCGUGGCUCAAGACCACCCCAGAGCAAGUCGUUGACCAAAUCUGCAAGCUUGCCAAGAAGGGUGCUGCUCCUUCCCAAAUCGGUGUUGUCUUGAGAGAUUCUCACGGUAUUGCUCAAGUCAAGGUUGUUACUGGUAACAAGAUUCUUAGAAUCCUCAAGUCCAACGGCCUUGCCCCAGAGAUCCCAGAGGACCUUUACAUGUUGAUCAAGAAGGCCGUCGCUGUCCGCAAGCAUCUCGAGCGUAACCGCAAGGACAAGGACUCCAAGUUCCGUUUGAUUCUCAUUGAAUCCCGUAUCCACCGUCUCUCCCGUUACUACAAGACCGUCGGUGUUCUCCCACCAACCUGGAGAUACGAGAGUGCCACUGCCAGCACCAUGGUCGCAUAAAAAGUUUCACCAUGACAAAAUGGAUAUGGAGUUGGGGUGUGGACUUGAUUGCAUCACGAACUAUACUACUUUCUUGAGAAGGAGUACUGCUAUAUUGGCAUAAAAACUAAAUAGCAAAUUAAAUAUUAAG